AUGACAACAGCUCCACCAAGGCUAGAGAUUGAACAAUACUGGAAGACCAUCUGGGAUAACGAUACAACCGAUAACAACAAUGCUCAGUGGCCAGUGGAUCUGAGGGCAGACCACAGCAACCUCCCCGAACAGGGUCCAAUAAACAUCACAGUGGCAGACAUCCAAGAAAGAGUCUCCAGUGGCGAUAUGCUGGUUCCUGUCGAGUUUAAGGGAGUGAGCAAAUGGGUCAGGGUACCAAAGACAGACGAUGCCUACAAUUACUCCGAAUUUUUGCAAGGAGUGCUGGUGAAAUUCGGUGUGCCAGGUUCUACCAAUUUGGUCCUGAUGGAUUCUGCGGAAGUGGAAGUGGAUUCGGACAUAUUUGAUGAACUUUUGAAGUCAUCUCAGGUGUCUUUCAGUGUCUUCACUGAAGAAUGCAGUGACAACAGUGUUGCAGGGUCUUCUUCAGAUCACACAUCUUCAUUAGAGUUGUCACCGUCACCUGCAUCAGGAGGAUCAUCAUCAGGUUUAGACACAACAAUAAUACUCGAAUCUACCAAAGCUCGGAAAAAACAGUUAAUUGAAGGACCUCCUGACAGCAACACUGCAAGAAAUAUCAUCAGAGCAGCCUUGUAUUCAAAGCCAGAUGGUGAUCAAGUAUUUAAGGAAUAUGAGAAAACAAACUGCCUCUCUGAUACUACAAGAAGAAGGAUGGUGAACAUCCUUGUGGCAGACAUGGUAGAGAGUCAUGGGAGGAUCCCACCAGUAAGUGUCCGCAUUAUGUAUGCACUUGGGAUUACAACCUUGUUCCCAAACUUGAAGGACCCAGAUUCAAAGAAUGGUUAUAUUGACCAAGACUUCACAAUGCUGUUUGGGGAGGAAGUGUCUGGUAAAUUCCUUGCAAAGUGGCCAACAUUCUUCAAGCCAAGAAUCAUCAAAGAUUGCAAAAAUCUGUCUCAGAGUACAGAAUUGGAUGACCUGCUUGUCUCUGCACAGGGGGACUCUGAUGAGGGUGGUAAGUUGGAGAUGGUGGGAGGUAGCAUGGAGACUUUUCUUAAGGCUGGCCCCACUCAGCCAUUCCUCCUGUGUGUUGGAGAAAGAAAGAACAUCAUCCAGACUUUCUACAUUGUCCUAGAUCAAAAGGUCAUUCCCUGUGUGACGCAGACGGGAGUUGCAGCUUUUGACGAGCUUUUCAAGGCACAUUUUGUAUUUGCCGUGUCCUAUGACGAAGCAUUGCACAACUUCUACACAUUCAUCCAGACCACCGUGUAUGGCAUUGAUGUUGGCAGCGUGAAGGAGAGUCUUCGGGUCAGGGAAAUCAGAGCAAGAAUUCUUCACAGUACAGUCUAA